AUGGAGCAAAAAAGUUUCUUUCGAUUGAUUUUUCUCAUAGUAACGGCUUGUUUCAUCAUCUCUUUCACUUCCACUAACUUCUCUCACUCGCCGUCGUCCACGACGGUGCUUCUUGACUGCACCACCGACUCUUCCUCUUCACCUCUUUGUGCAUCUAGAAACUUUCUUUUCAACAAAAAACAACGACCCCUUCCUAAAAACGAUCCUAAGCCAAAACCCAAAAACCAUGACCACGUCUCCGACACACCAAACCACCCUCUUGACCCACUAACCGUCGUGGAGCUCAACAAAGUCCGAUCAAUCCUCUACUCUCACGCGCUAUUCACCUCCCGUGCGCCACACACGCUUAACUCAGUCGUCCUCGAAGAGCCGGACAAGGAUCUUGUCCAAAAGUGGGAAAAAGGAAACACUCUCCCUCCGAGAAAAGCUUCGGUCAUCGCACGUGUCGGUCUUGACACGCAUGUACUCACCGUUGACAUCUCUUCUGGUCAGGUCAAGUUAGAGGAUAGUCCGGUUCGCGUUUCGGGUUACCCUACGAUGACUCUAGAGGAGAUGAACCAAGUCACGUUGGCUCCGUUCUCAAACGCGGAUUUUAACCGUACGAUUAUCUCUCGUGGAGUUAAUCUAACGGAUGUGAAUUGUUUUCCUUUAUCUAGCGGUUGGUUUGGUAAAAAAGAAGAAAACAUAAGGGUUAUUAAAAGUCAGUGUUACUCAAAACAAGGUACGGUUAAUUUCUACAUGCGACCUAUCGAAGGUUUAACCAUUCUAAUAGAUUUAGAUACAAAACAAGUGAUCGAGAUAGUUGAUACCGGUCCGGCUAUACCAAUACCCGGUUCAACUAAUACCGAUUACCGGUUCGAAAACCUCGCGACGAACCCCGACAAAACCAGACGUCUCAACCCGAUAUCACUUGAGCAGCCACGUGGUCCAAGCUUUGUAAUCGAAGACAACCAUCUAGUGAAAUGGGCAAAUUGGGAAUUUCACUUGAAACCUGACCCGAGAGCAGGUGUGGUUUUAUCACGGGUCAGGGUACACGACCCGGACACGAGAGAGACACGUGAUGUGAUGUACAAAGGGUUUGUGUCGGAGCUUUUUGUUCCGUACAUGGAUCCAUCAGACGCGUGGUACUUCAAGACUUACAUGGAUGCUGGUGAGUAUGGGUUUGGGUUACAAGCCAUGCCGCUCGUACCGCUUAACGAUUGUCCACGAAACGCCGUUUAUAUGGACGGUGUUUUCGCGGCUGCGGACGGUACACCGUUCGUGAGAGAGAAUAUGGUUUGUGUGUUUGAGAGUUACGCCGGAGAUAUUGGGUGGCGUCACUCGGAAAGUCCCAUCACCGGUUUACCGAUAAGGGAAGCGAGACCAAAGGUGACGUUAGUGGUACGAAUGGCAGCUUCAGUAGGUAACUAUGAUUACAUCAUUGAUUACGAGUUCCAAACUGAUGGGCUUAUCAAAGCUAAGGUUGGACUUAGUGGAAUACUAAUGGUGAAAGGGACAACAUAUCAAAACAAGAACCAAGUCAAGAAAGACAAAUACGGUAAUGAAGAAGAUCUUCACGGCACGCUUCUGUCUGAAAAUGUAAUCGGAGUAAUUCACGAUCACUACGUCACUUUCUACCUUGACCUCGACGUCGAUGGCCCGGACAAUUCCUUUGUUAAAGUAAACCUCAAGCGGCAGGAGACCGAGCCAGGUGAAUCACCGAGGAAGAGUUAUAUGAAAACAGUUAGGAACGUUGCGAAAACCGAAAAAGACGGUCAGAUUAAGCUUAGUUUGUACGACCCAUCGGAGUUUCACAUCAUCAAUUCUAAUAAAACCACUAGGGUUGGUAACCCGACGGGUUACAAAGUCGUGCCUAGAGCAACGGCGGCUGCUUUGCUUGACCAUGAUGAUCCGCCGCAGAAGAGAGCGGCUUUUACCAAUAACCAAAUUUGGGUCACUCCAUACAAUAAGUCCGAGCAAUGGGCUGGUGGUUUGUUCACUUACCAAAGCCGUGGUGAUGAUACUCUUGCGGUUUGGUCCGACAGGGAUAGAGACAUAGAGAACAAGGAUAUAGUUGUGUGGUAUACACUUGGCUUCCAUCACGUUCCAUGUCAAGAAGAUUUUCCGAUAAUGCCCACGGUUUCUUCGAGUUUCGAUUUGAAACCCACAAAUUUCUUUGAACGCAAUCCGAUCCUUAGGGCGUCCCCAAACUUCGAACAUGACCUUCCGAUUUGUGGAGCUGAAUCUGUUUCAGCUUGA